AUGUACUACGCCGCGAAAGUGGCAGAGAUCAAGGAUGAUGGGCGCCAGCCUGAGAGCCAGCAGGGUUUCAGGGCCAUCACGGUCUAUGUGGUGGACUGGGAAGACGGUGACGUGGCUGGCGAAAUGCUAGCUGGGUCCGAGACUCGGAACGGCAAAACGGGAUGCGUUUUUCAGUGGGGCGAGAUCGGAAGCCACGACGAGAAUGGGCCACACAGGAUGUCCGAAGCUACAGCCCCCGAUGUCCCAAAGCCAAAAACCCAUGUAGCAUCCGUUGCAGCCAUGAAUCUGGGGGCACCCUGCACGCUCAAAGCUCUCCUCUUUUCGCUGCUCUUUACGGCGGCUCCGGCGGACUUUCCUGGAAAGUACGUCAUCAAGAGUGAUGGAGUUAGAGGGUCGGACCAGGGCUACGAGGUUCAGAAGCUGGAAGAUGCACGUCCUGCGCUGAGGCUGGGGAACAGCGGGCUCGGAUUCUUCGCGACGGCCUAUGGGGCCAUCACCGAGGAGCACAUGUGGAGAAUCCAUGACGAGGGGAACAACAGCUUCAGCUUGAGCAACGUCGUUUCUGGCAGCCGGAUUCUGGCACAGAGCGGUUUCGAAGGCGCACACGGCUUCUUCGCAGUGGCCGAUGGUCCCGUCUACCAGGACCAGAAGUGGCAUCUGAUGAUGCAGGGCGACGGGGCCUUCGUGAUCACCAACGCCAAGUCGGGUCGGAGGAUCUGGGCCGUGGAUGAGGAUCGUGGGGGCCUGAGCUUCGGGGCGUCGCCGAUGCUGGGCUCCGAGGGCCAGUCCUGGUGGCUGAUCAGGCAAGAUAUCGACGAGUCUGGCUUGCUUCGUGCGGAGCUUGCUGCAGAGCGGCGAAGCAAGUCGAUGCUGCUUGCGAAGGUGGAGGAGCGAGAUGCAAAGCUCGAAAUGUUCCGACGAGAGGCUGAGGCAGGAUGCCCCGCGGCUCCCCCGCCGCAGUGGCACCAGUCAUCAGAUCUGGGACUGCUUGGAGCUUGGACUCGGACCUGGGCCGUCGACCAGACUCUCUCCUUGUACCUCCUCACAGGUUUGCUGCUGCUGGGCCUAUUGAACAUCCACCUCAACCUCCAGCUGCAGAAAGAGCGCGGUUCCGGGCAGAGGAAAGAGGUAGUUCCAGAGACCCCACCUGCGGCCGCCACAACUCCUGAAGACCCUGGACAAGGUUUGGGCCAGGACUUCGGAUACCACGUCCUGGACACGGAGGUCAAUGGCAAUUCAGUUCGGCUCAUCAAGAUCCAGUGCCCUGGAGUGGAGCAUGAGGAUGUCAACGUGGAGCUCCUCUUCAAUGGAUGCCAGGUUCGGCUCGCCCGCCGCGCCGCCUGCGGCAUCGCGGCGGCGGCGUGGGCGAAGCGUUUUGAGUUCCCUUCCCAGGAGGGAAUCUUCGAGUUCCGCGAGGACCAGAUGCGAUUGGAGCACGGCUUCCUCCACCUGGUCUUCCGCACACAUCCCUUCCACAGCCGACGAGUUCGCUUCCCGUGGCACUACAU